AUGGUUUAUUACAUUCGUUUCCUCAAAACCCCCAGGCUGCAGAAGCAGAAGACAGGGACACUCUCUGCCUCUGCAUUGAUUUGCAUAACCACAGAUCUGGGCGAUGCAUUCCUCGCUCAGGAAGAGGAUCUGUUGGUAACACUCCGUCUGGCUGGCAACGGCAAGGCCGUAUGCCAGGGACGGCUGCAGUGGCAGGGCGGGAAGCGUGAACUCCCAGUUGCACUGGGGCCGCUUCCCGCCAGCAUUGUGCAACAAUCUCUGAUCAUGGAGAUCGCAUCACGGGCCUCGCAAGCUGUGGGCACAGACUCGCUGUUGAAUCAAGAUGACAUUCCGCUUGUUGUAUCCGGAUGGAGUGCGCCGUUUGGAGGGUCGCAAUCGGUGGCCGCUGAUAAGCUGAUCGAAAGACGCUUCAGCGUAAAUCAGACUGUGCAACUCAACAUAUGGGAGGAGACGGGCAAUAGCAUUGCGCGGCAUAUCUGGGAUGCUGCAAUUGCUUCUGUUAUGUAUCUCCAGCUAUUGGUUGCCGGCGAUCAAGAAUCCUCAAACACAGCGCUACGGAGUCUUCUCCGGAAUGAGCGCAGUAGCCCUCUCCAUGUGAUCGAGCUAGGGGCGGGUUGCGGCAUCGUAGGAAUUGCGCUGGCUGAGUUACUAUCGAAAUGCUCCGUCUUACUUACAGAUCUACCAGAGGUUGAGGAGAUCGUAUCUAGAAACAUAGCAGCUGCUCAACCAGCACAUGCAUCUGACCUGCAGUACCGCCCACUCGAAUGGGAGGAGGAGCUCCCUGAUGAUUUAUUCGAAACCCCUUCUGUCGAUUUGGUUCUCGUUUCAGACUGUACGUACAAUGCCGACAGCUUGCCAGCCCUGGUGUCGGUACUCGGCCGACUCGUCCAAAUGUCCCCGCAUGCCCUCAUUCUUGUGGCUCUGAAGCGGCGCCAUGAAAGUGAGAGCAUCUUCUUUGACUUGAUGCAAUCUGCGGGUCUAGAGAGUCUGCACUUGGACCGUAUGAGCCUUCCGUCGCAAUACGACGAGUCUGAUGAGAUUGAACUACACUGCUAUCGCAGGCAAUGA